AUGGCAGAAAACGCGCCGCCUACGAGCUCGUCCACUCUUCCCCCUCCCCCCCAACCAUCCGCCGGAGCACCAGGCCAGCCCCAAUUCGACUCCGCCCAAGGAAACGGCCAGGGGACAGGUGCUCACAUGCCUCCUCCUUCGUUGCCGCCCGUGGUUAUCCCAAAUACAAAUCCAAUUCCCACAGCCAUCACCUCACCCAUGUCCGGGCAGAUGAUGUCGCCUACCAGCACGGGCGGCUUUGUGCGUCGGGCAGCUCCUGAACCAAAUAAAAGAGCUCUCUACAUUGGCGGGUUGGAUGCUCGAGUCACCGAAGACAUUUUGAAGCAAAUCUUUGAGACUACUGGCCACGUGCAGAGCGUCAAGAUUAUUCCAGACAAGAAUUUCCAAAGCAAAGGCAUGAACUACGGCUUUGUCGAGUACGACGACCCCGGCGCCGCUGAAAGAGCCAUGCAGACCCUCAACGGCCGUCGCAUUCAUCAGUCCGAAAUCCGCGUGAACUGGGCCUACCAGUCCAACAACACCCACAAGGAGGACACGUCAAACCAUUUCCACAUUUUCGUCGGCGAUCUGAGCAAUGAAGUCAAUGAUGAAGUGUUGUUGCAAGCCUUCUCUGCCUUUGGCUCGGUUUCAGAAGCUCGUGUCAUGUGGGACAUGAAGACUGGCCGCUCUAGGGGAUAUGGAUUCGUCGCAUUCCGCGAGUUCGAGGACGCCGAGAAAGCUUUGAAGUCGAUGGACCGUGAAUGGCUGGGUUCAAGGGCAAUUCGCUGCAACUGGGCCAACCAGAAGGGACAGCCUUCCAUUUCGCAGCAGCAGGCUAUGGCUGCGAUGGGCAUGACCCCCACUGCACCAUUCGGUCACCAUCACUUCCCGACUCACGGCGCCAAUAGCUAUGACAUGGUCGUCGCUCAGACUCCUCAAUGGCAAACAACUUGCUAUGUUGGAAACCUUACUCCAUACACCACCCAGAACGACCUCGUUCCAUUGUUCCAGAACUUUGGCUAUGUUGUUGAAACCCGUUUGCAGGCAGACCGUGGAUUCGCUUUCUUGAAGAUGGAUACUCACGAGAAUGCAGCCAUGGCUAUCUGCCAGCUCAAUGGAUACCAAGUCAAUGGUCGUCCACUGAAAUGUAGCUGGGGCAAGGAUCGUCCGCCUACGGGUCAAUUUGACGGCUACCAAGCUCAACAAGGUGGCCCUGGCUUCAACGCAUCCCCUUACUUCCCGCAGUACGGGGUGCCCGGAGGUCCGAUGAGUCCUCAAGGUCCUGCUCCGGCUGGCCGUGGUUGGGAUCAACAGGGUAACAACUUCUCUGGAGCUGUUCCGGGACAGGGCUAUCAAGCUCCUGGGAAUGCGAGCGGUUACGGUCGUGGACAAAACAACGCAGGUAACAACUGGCAGCAGCCUGGUAACAACCAGAAUAACAACUUCAACCAGGGCGGCUACCAGGCUUGA